AAUUUGAUAUCGAACAUAUUCGAAAAAUGAAUGACAGUAGCAGAAUCUCGAGGGAUGGUACGACCAAUGGAGUCAAUAUGACGUCAACGCCACAGGUCGAACAAGACACGAGAGUUGCCGUCUUAAAAGCGCGAAAAGAAGCUGAAAAAGAAGCAGAACGUCUUGAAAUAUUGCGAAAGUUUCCUAAUUCUCUCAGUGUAUAUAUGGUUCAAGACCCUGGAAUGCCUAGUGAUGUAGGUGCUCCAGCACUUCAAAAAGCAGGUCCCAGUACCAACACCAAACCCCAGCAAGGUGACGAUAUGUGGAAAGUCUUAGAAGAUCUACAAACAAAAAGAAAAUAUCUCGAUGAAAAUCUUGAAGCUGUUGAAAGGGGGCGUGGAGGAGAAAAUAUUGCUGCAAAAGUCGAUUUUGAAAUUAUGUCAAAAAAUCCAAAAUCAGAUCCGGCUUUGGUUGAAAAACUUCGCAUCAGAAAGAUGGUUGAUGAACAGAUCAAGGGCUUAGAAACACAAAUUAAGGAGGAAGUGGUAAAAGUACAAAGCAGGACGAAUCUUGGUCGAGGCAGAGGAGGAAGAUUACCGAAAGCAAAACCUGGUGCUAGAGUUGAUACUGGUCUAAGAAAGAAACAACCUUUUCAACCAAAAGGAAAAUUUGUCAAAUCAACUAAAAGUUCACUUAAACCAGCAGUACGAGCUCGAUCGUCCUCGCCUAGAACUCAUUUUAAUGCAGAUGAAACAGUGUGUCCUGAUGAUGAAGAGUUUGUCACUCAUGUUUAUGGGAGAGCUGAUUAUCAUCCUCGUAGAUCUACAGUUCAUAAUCCAUAUAUCCAUGUCAAUACUCCUGUCAAACAACCGACAUUCAGAAAAAAACAAGCCGUAGAAGUUGUAAAAGCGAACUUGAUAAGAUCUGCAAAAACUCAGACAAGUCCUGGUGCAUCUCAACAACAAUCACAAUAUUACUUCAGUCCUUCUGCGUCACCUGUCAAACCACCUAUUUCGGUCAGUCCGACACCUGGUCAACUGAUACCCAUGGCAAUACCCCUUGGUGCCCCAAAAAUGUCAGAUGGACAUGAACCUGCUCCACUAUUGAUUCAUCAAACUGAUCCACGCUACGUGACACUGACGACUGGGUCACCUGUACCGAAAAGAACAAUCCGGGUGUAUAAUCCUGCUACUGAUGGACUGAGGAAACCAAACACAGCUGUGAUUUCUGUUAGAGGUGAGGAUGGACCUGAUUUAUCAGUGAGAAAAUUGGAUAAUAUUGAUAUCGAUACACCUGAUGUAAGUGAAGCCAAUCUUCCUCCUGCAAUGACUAUGAUUCAUCAACCAGAAGGAUUACCAGGAUCAUCUGUAUUGAGUAGACAUGAUCAAGACGAAUCAGAAGGAACUGAUGGGAGUUUACAUAUUGAACUACGAGGUGGUUCAGAAGCUCAAGUUGAAUAUCAUGGACCUACAUUCCCACCUGUAGCUCCUCCUGACCCCAGACAUCUGAAUGCAAGCGAUAUUGCAGAUGAAAUUGACAAACAUGAAAUUGAAGCAGAGACAGUACGCUGGGUGGAACAAGAGAUUCUUGCAAGAAUCCUAUCAGAACUAUAUCCUCCUGGUUCUCAAAAGAUCCAGGAUGCUGGACCUGUUGAAGACAGAGAUUCUGAUGAACCUGUUGGAGAUCAGUCAUCAGUUCUCCUCAAUCCUGAAAGCCUUCAACUUUUCAUUGAUGCUGGAUUACCUAUAGAUGAAGCAACAGUUGGAAGAUUAGUAGAAGAAGAACUCGUUAAAAUUUUACGAGAAAUGAUUCGUCGUCCUGCGCAUGAUCAAAGUACAAGACCUAAAACACCCAUCUCACAACCAUCUCCAGCUCCAGCCCCUCGGGUUCACACUUACCAGGUGCCUACCCCUUUACCCACUCCUGAACCAAGCCCAGUAACAAGUGUGUCGGAAAGACCAAUAGGUCAUCUUCAUACACCUUCACUGACUCCUGAAUCUUCAAUGGCAGAGUCUUUGCCUCCAAGAGAACCAUCACCUGUUUCAAGUCCAGAACCUCAACCUCCAACACCAAAAGCAGAAUCGCCACCUAAAACACCUGAGGAAGUUACUCUAGUUCAAACACCGGAGGCAACUCCACCAAGUACCCCAACUCCUGAACCAGUUUUACCUAGCACUCCGAUUUCUGAAAGAACAAAAACACCGGUCCCUGUCACCCCACCUCUAGAAUUUCCAGAUCCUUGGGGAGGAACACAAUUCCCUUUGCCAGAAGAGAUUGGUGCCAACCUAAGGCAAGGAAAGCCGACAACAUUUGCACCUCCACCUGACCCAGUAGAUCUUGUGGUGCGAACUGUUACGCCUCCCCCAUCUACACCUCCAGACAGGUCACUAUCUGAACCUGACUCAACAACAACAUCAAGUGAUCGAGGAGAGAGUAGUAUAUCGGAAGGACAACUCGUAAUUAGUCAUGGAGAAAUGAGACCCAAAAUGAAAAGAGGGCACUUGCCAGAAAUCAUUGAAGAAUUGUUUGGAGAUGAAGAUGUUGAGAGAAGUAUGAAAUUCCAGAGUACAUUACGUGAUGUUAAUGAUUUGCAGGAUUAUGAACCAUAUAGUGAUGGUGAGGUACGACUGAACAUGAGACCGGCCAUGAUAGCUAGAGUUGCGGGCCAUGAUAAACCGGACAGAAGACCUUAUCCGAGGGACUCACCUCCUGGUGAUGAUCCAGCAGGUCCCUACACGAGGCCCCGACAUCCUCUACCCUCUGAAAGCGAGGGAGAUGAUUUAAGUGUGGGUGAAGUGAAACCUCGUACAAUCGAAAGCAGAAGAGAUAAAUUUAGGAAGUGGAGACAGGAAAGGUCACCAAUAUAUAGUCAUUCUCUCAGCACAAAAGAGAAAAAAUCUUCAGCUAAACCCAAACAACAAGAUGAAUCUAUUUUGCCUGGUUCUCCAUUAUCAAUGGAAGAUUUGCACAAAAGAGACCAAUCAAUUGAGUCUUCUGAGCCGGAUUCUGAUAGAUCAAGCAGAGUUUCUGAACCAGAGGAAAAUUUCGGUGGCAACGUUAUUGUUGUGACUCCAGCUUCUUCGAAAAAGAAACUACCUGAACAACCAAAGAAAAUACUUCCUCGACAACCAGGUGCUGUGAAACCAAGUGGUAGACCAGUUUUUCAAAAGCCUAUUUCAACUUUCACAUCAGAAGAUUUCGAAAAUAUUGCUCCAAGUACUGAUCAGAGUGCAGUAAUAAAGGAUUCACUGGAAGAGUCGAUGAGAAAAAGAAAUGGUUUUGAAGGAUUUUUCGAUGAAAAGAAAGAGCAUUUGUCACCACAGCAUGCUGCACUGAAAGUUUCAUUGACCUUACCUUCUGUUGAACCUGUUGUAUCAAUGAGUAGUGAACCCAUCAGUGAUGUAUCAGAAAUAUCUGGCGCAGGAUUUUGAAAAACUCCAGAAAGAAGAAAAAAAAAUAUUUAUGAUGUAGUUAUUACACCACUGUAGUUGGUCACACUAAUUUAUUGCGAAAUAUUUUUUUAUACGUAGUACAAAGUGCAAAACAAUGUUUUCACAAACGUAAAUAAAACAGCAACCAGAGUAUGUAA